AUGCCAAAGAAGAGAAAGAGUUCACGUCGCUCCUACUCACGGAGAGAUUCCUACAGUAGUGAUGACUCUUCCUCUUCCGGAGACUCUCGGUAUUCCCGAGAAGACUCCCGUGAUCGAAAUCGAAAUCAUUCGCCACGGAGGGACCGACAUUACCGCAAGGAAAAACGUCACUCUUCUUCUCGAAACAACGAUCGUGAUCGUCAUCGUCGAGAGCCAUCCUCGUCGAGAGAUCGUUACCACAAAGACAGAGGAGAUGAUUAUAGCGACCAUGACCGGCGGAGACGGCGAAGUCCGAGUUCUGGAAGCUAUGUGAGUAGUGGUCAUAUUCGACGGAGCUCCUCUCAUCGCUACGAGGAUAGUGACGAGGAUUACGAUCGAAACGAACGCAGUCGAGCCCGAAACGAAGAACGGCGGAACCGCAAAGCAGGUCGACGACCGACCAGCAAAAAGAUGGGACCCAGUCGAGGAGGAAAGGUCGCAGUGGCAACCAAAGUCGUACCCACCAAGGCCAAUUUGGCGCUGGCCGCCCAAAAACGGCGAAACAACAAUCAUAAUAUGAAUUGCAAUGGCAUUGAUAAUGUCAAAUUGAAAGCCACCUUGGAAAGCGAGGGACUUUCAAUAGUAGACAUGUCCUCGGAUGGAAACUGUUUAUUCCGAGCACUCAGCGAUCAACUGUACAACGAUCGUGGACAUCACCACGAUGAAAUACGGAACGAUAUUUGCGAUUUCAUGGCCGACAAUGAGGAUGAAUUUAAAAUGUUUUUGGUCUUUGAAGGAGAUGGAAAGAAUACUCAGGAUGCUACUGAUUUUGACAGUUACAUUGCUGAUACGAGACGAGAUGGUGUCUGGGGAGGCAACUUGGAGCUUGUGGCAGCCGCAAGAAUGUAUGGACGAAACAUUACCGUUUACAGUGCCACGCUGGCCAUAUUCACCAUCGAAUGCGACCUCGAAGAGACGAGUGGACCCAACAUUUUGCUCAGUUUUCACAGUGGGGACCAUUACAACAGUGUGCGUCAAAAUGCCGGCAACAAGAAAAAGGUGAAAUCCUCCCGGAGCAUUCGCAAAUUGAGUCGACAUGCCAGCGGUAGUUCCAGUCGACGAUCGUUAACAGAUACGGUCACCACCUCGACUUCCUCCAAUUCCACUUCUCCACCGAUGGCGCAAGAAUAUCAAGGCUUGGACAAUAGCAAUAUUGUCGUAGCUACAGUGGUUGGAGUGGACGAGAUUCCUCCCGUCAAAAACAGUUCACCUUGUCCAUGUGGUUCCGGCAAACGAUACAAGAAAUGUUGUCGGGUCAAUGUCAAGGAAGAAAAGAAAGACGAUCGGAGGCGAAGGGAUCGGUAUCGAGGCUCAGGUUCCAGAGAUCGAGACGAUGUCGACAACGCUGUCGGAGGCUUUAAAGUAUUGCAGAUUUAA